AUGACUGUCAACCAUCGUCCUGCUACCGUGGUGUACUCCGAAAAAAUUAAAAUCAAAGACCGACUAACGAGGACAAAAUUUGGGAAAUCGACGAUUGACCACGGGUAUUGGUUUUUCGUCGACGCCGUCUUCGGGGUCGAUUUUGAACGCAGCGGAGCCGUCGGGAAACAUUAUUUACUCAACGAUGCCGAUCACUGCCAUCGACCUGACGGCUGA